AUGGUCGGCAUCUCGGCUGGCGGCUACGUCGGAGUGGGAUGGAAGGGCGCCAGGGCUUUGAACCAAUCGCUUGGGGACUAUGGCCCAGGCCCCAGCAUCUUCGCAGCAGUGAGCGCUUCGAUUCCUUUUCCCAUACCUGUGGCAUCGUUCGGUUUGGCCAUCACCUACGAGAUCGAUGGAGAUGAGCGCUUGGGCGGCCCACCGUACAAGCCUCUUACGCGAGAUCCAGGCACCUACAUCUAUGCCGGCUGGAGCUUGAGUUUGGGUCUAUAUACUGGUCCUGUGGGCUUUGACGUCGGCUCUUCGUUAGCCAAAGGAGCUAUGCACAUUGACUGCUUCAACGAUAGCUCGCAGCUCCGUUGGCACAUCCCGAAGGUGACGUGCAAGGACUGCGAGAGCGUUAAGAUGCAUGUAGCUGUUACAGCCCUGCGGACGCUCCAGCACUUGGGCACAUUUCCCAUCAUUACCGACUUCUUCUUCAUUUUUCUGGCAUACGCCAACGACUGGCCCGAAAAUCGGCAGGGCUUCGAAGGUGCCUGCUCCACAGAGCCACACAGCGUUUUCGUUUAUGCGGCCGAGAUCCUCCAAGAGGCUUUCGAGGCCCUUGAAACUUUGGAGGAACACCUGAACAAGUUGGAAUUGGCCAUGGAUGUGCAAAACUUGCGAUCAGAGAUUCCCCACUCGGCAGAGUUCAAGAAGCUGUACCAGGAGUUGGAGAACCUCAAGGUCGUCAAUGCCAGGUUCGCCUCCCUGGACGAUUUCAGCCUUUCACCUCGGGGAGCCGCCAACAUCACGGGUCCUCAGGGUGCCGGCUGGCUUCGGUUUGAAGACUUCCUCAUCUGGUGGGGCCUUCACUCAGAACAGUCGGCACGAGCCCUGUGCAGGCAAUUGCACAUGGCGCAUGACCAGUGCACUGCACACGAUGUGUACGACAAGCUUAAGAUGAACGAGAAGAGUGGCAAUCCUUUCGGCUUCUGUCACAAGUUCCAGAGGUGGUAA